AGUUAGAAUAAAAAUCAAAUUGAUAGGAUUGAGGAAAAGAAACAAGUGCAGCUAGUGUGAUAUUUUUGAAAAUUCAAUACACUAUUUUAAACUUCGAGUCGAUUUACGGGUGGAAUGAACAUUCUACGUUCUUCUUGGCAAAAUAUUUCUUGUGUAUCCAGGUCACUAAAACGUUUGUAAAAAAAGAGCUUGGCCUUCGCUGCUGUUUGACAUGUCAAGUGUUGUUCGAAACUGUUGAAUAAAGUAUGAAUGGGACGGAAUGGUUUCAUCGGAAGUGUUGUUACGAAUACGUUGGAUAGAUUUUCUUGUGUUCGCCUGGUUUAAUUGUGGAUGACAUCCAAUUUGUGUCUGGAUGAACCUUGUAUUGCAAAAGUACCGAAUCUUAGGGAAAAAGGGUGAGGGGACCUUUUCCGAGGUUCUAAAAUGCCAACAUUUAAAAGAAGGCUCAUAUUGGGCCUGCAAAAAGAUGAAACAAACUUAUGACAGUUUAGAACAAGUGAAUAAUCUAAGGGAAAUUCAAGCCAUGAGAAGACUCAGCCCCCACGCCAAUAUCCUGGAACUCCAGGAAGUCAUAUUUGACAAGAAGUCCGGAACUCUAGUCCUUAUAUGUGAAUUAAUGGAUAUGAAUAUCUAUGAGUUAAUACGAGGAAAAAGACAUUAUUUACCAGAAAGAAAAGUCAAACAUUAUAUGUAUCAACUUCUUAAAUCGGUUGAGCAUAUGCAUAGGAAUGGAAUAUUUCACAGGGAUGUGAAGCCAGAAAAUAUCUUAAUAAGGGAAGAUGUUCUGAAACUUGCAGAUUUUGGUUCUUGUCGAAGUGUCUACUCAAAACAGCCUUAUACUGAGUAUAUCUCAACUCGAUGGUAUCGGGCUCCGGAGUGUCUACUCACUGAUGGGUAUUAUACCUACAAGAUGGACAUAUGGAGUGUGGGCUGUGUCUUCUUUGAAAUUCUUAGUCUUCACCCUCUUUUCCCUGGUUCAAAUGAAGUUGAUCAGAUUGCUAAGAUACAUGACAUAAUGGGUACUCCCGACUCCAGUGUUCUAGAUAAACUCAAAAAGUCAAGGGGAAUGAAUUUCAAUUUCCCCCAGAAGAAGGGUACGGGUAUUGAACGUCUCCUCCCUCACUGUACGCAGGAGGCCAUCGAACUUAUUUAUCAAAUGUGCACUUACGACCCUGAUGAGAGAAUCACGGCAAAGCAAGCCAUACGACACCCGUACUUCAAAGAUCUCAGGGCAACAAAACAAUCAAAGCAAAGGGAUGCUGACAAGAGAGCAGCAUUGGCAGCAAAAGCCAAGGAGAAGGAUGACCUGGAGAAGAAAGAGCAAGUGCGCCCCCGAGACAAGGACGAGACUGCCACUAUUACGACGCUCGAGGUGGACACGUCGCGGACUGAGAAGAAGAGAUCCGAGACAGAGGUGUCCAUUCCCAGCCUACCCAAGGCCCCCUCACUGCAAUCUCACCCACACAUUUUUAAAGACAGGAAAAAAGUGGAUAGAGUGCGUCGGCAUCGCAGGGUGUUAGCGGAGAGCCAGCACCAGUAUAAUCACACAGGCCUUAGUUUACCAAAAGUGUCCAUGAACCCGUCCUUUCAUACCAGUUCUUUUGGGAAUCAUUAUAAUGCUCACAACCCCUCGGCCUCCACGGUCUCUCUCCUCCCCAGUCUCAGCAGCACAUACAAGGCCCCAAAGCAUGCAAACAAAGCUAACAAGCACAUAUAUGGCAGUUACCAGCUUCCAUCACUGGACAGAAGGGGUGCAGGAUUUUAAGACCAGCAUCACAAGCUUCUUGAAAAUCUGAUGACCUCAUAACAGGAAUCAAAGACUAUAUGGAGUGUUCAUUUUUAAUUCAUGAACAAAUCUAUAAAAGAUUACUGCAAUGUGAAUUUUGUUUCAUAAUUGUUUUGUAGAGAGAAAUGGAUUUGAGGAAAUUUGGGACUUAUAUUGUUUAAUGAUUUAAUGAUUAUAUUUUACUGAUUUCCAGAAUUUUAACAAAUAGGGUUGGAACUCUGUGUACUGGUGUGUGCAUUUUUUUAUUUAAUGCCACAGAACAGUUUGUUAACUAAAUAGUUUUAUUCAAUCAAAAGGGAGGCAAAACAUUUUCUGUCUGUGCCAAUGAAAAUAUUUCCAUUCAGUGUCAACUUCUUUUUUAAUUAAUUUCUCUUACCAUCUUUUGUACCAAUGGUUAUACAUGUUCAUUUUCUUUAUUCACAGGGUAAAAGAAAUUUUUAUUUGUCUUAUUUUAAAAAAAAAAUGCUUUAGCUACAUGAUGACAUUAAAAAGUCCAUACCUGUUAACUGGUGUACCGGUAUAUAUUUUGAGUCACUGGGGUAUUAAAUAUUGUUUUAUAUGGUCAAGAAUAAAAUUGCUGUUAUUAUUGUGCCAAACAAUAUAAGACAAAGCAAAGAAGUUUAUUUUUAUGUAUAUGUUGUCAUUCAAAUGUAUUUAUAAAAGGUUUGUCAUCUCUUAUUAUAGAUACUAAAUUGGUUAAAAAUUGACCACUUGUACAAAGCCUGUACUGAAAAUUGAAAAAAUGACAUCAUUGAUCACAUGUAUGCUUGCUCCUAAAAAAUGUGUGGUCUAUAUUAAACUUUGUAUUACAUGUACUGACAGGAAUAUAAAGUAAGUGCUAAAGAAUCCUUUGACUCCAAUUAUAACAUUCCAUCUGAUUGGUUUGAUCAGAAGCCAUUUGUUUUUUAAAUCAUAGUGCUGUGUAAAAUAUGGACAUUAUUUACUAGUGUAGCAUAACCAAUUCAUGUUGUUACAGGUAGAUAACUUUGAGGUAGGUUAUGAGCUAUUUUUGAGGUAUAGGUACCAAUUUGUUUUUGAGGUAGGUUAUGAGUUUAUUUUGAAGUAUGUAUAAAUGUCAGGUUUUUUUUCUUUCCUGAGACCACCAUAUAAUACCAGUAUUAUUGUAAGAUGCAUAUAUCUGAGGUAAUAUUUUUCUCAAGUUACUGGCCAAUUUUUUGCAAAACUCUUCAAGUUUAUUUUCUUUAAUUCAUGAAACUUUUACUUCAGUUAGAACGUUAUCAUAGUUACAAUAUUUAAUGUUCUUCUAGUGUGAAUAAAUUGAUGAAACUGUAUUGUCCCAAGAACCUAUAUUUAACCCCACAGCUGUUGACAUUCCUUUUUCAUGUCAUUGACAACUUUAAGGUGAAUAGAAAGAGAUGGUGAUCACAGUUUAUUCUCUGAUAAUUUGUUACAGUGUAAACCUAGUGUUUGAUUUUAUGGCUUUAUCCUCUAGUAUUCAUUUGAUUCCGUCCAAAAAAAAAUUAUUUUUUGAUUUUAUGAGUAUUUGUUAUUUAUUUUGCUCAUUUAUUUUGUAGUAUGUCUUUCAAAGCCAUUGUGAUAAAUGUAUUUUGUAGCAUUUGUAAUAAGUGAUGUAGAUAUGAAUAUUAGUCUGAAUCUUACUGAUGUAUUUAAAAAUCAAUAAAUUCUCUUAUAUAUGA